UUCUUGACUGAGAUGGAGCUAAAAGGUUUGGGGUUCGUCCCCCUCCUGUUGGUGUUUUGGUGUGUGGCCUGGCUUGCCACCAGCUACAUCAUGACGGUCGUCCUCGGCCAUGCCGCCUCGCCACUGAUGAGCAUCAGUGACGUGGGAAAUUUAUUUCCCGAAAACAUAUUAUUGAGAAUUGGAUUUAUAGGGACAUCCAUUGGCACUUUGGUACUAACCUUUCUUAUUUAUAAGUAUAUGGUUAUGCAUACUGAAGAGUUCAGGGGUCAUCAGGUCCUGAUCCAGAGGAUCCUGCUCGCCAUUGUGUGGGCCUCCUGUUUUGCCACAGCUGUCAUGCAUGUAUUGUCCCCCGAAGAAUAUCCCAGGAUACACUUUGUCAGCACGAUAAUUUCCAUUACAUGUGAAGCCUUAUACUACCUUGGGCAGUCCAUCCAGAUGUAUAAAUUACCAGGAGCAAAAAAAGUCAUCCACCAUAGUAGAUGCACCUGCUGUGGCCUGGCUUUUACCUGCGCAAUUUUCUACUUUGGAUAUAAAACAUUACAGGAAUUAUUCCAUAAUGAUGAAGACUGGGACGAGAUCCGUGAAAUCACCACCAUAAUCAUCGAGUGGGUGAUGCUUCUACUGAUCCUGAUAAACAUCGUGACCUAUUAUUCCACCAUGCAGAGGUUAAUGUUAACCAUCUCCAGGAACAGCUGCAAACUCUCUCUUAGAGUAAGAAUUGAUGACUUCGGGGUUUAGACCACCACGGGGGCCAUCAAGUGGACUUCUGGGAGAGAUACUGCACAGGACACGGAAAAACCAUCUAAAGAAUAAUAACUGGGGGACUACAUAUGGUGCCAGUAAUCAUGGCACAAUAAUAUGAGCUGGUGAU